GGCGCCCCGGAGCCCCCCGGAGCCCCGGCCCAACCUCCCCGCAGCUUCGCAGCAGCUGAUGGCGCCGCAGCCGGGGCGGGCGCUGCGGAACCCCGGGCGCAGCUAGCGCGGGGGGGGGACAACGUCUCCCCCACUCCCAACCCGGCCCGGACCCGGGGCCCCGCCGGCCGGUCGCUCCCUCAGGUUCCGAAGGUGGGGCCCUGGCCAGGGUUGCCAUGGAUACCAUGUCCUUGGAGCAUCAGAUUCAGAGUGUGCAGCGACACAUCAGUUUCCUGAAAAAGGAGCAGAUGGCACUACUUCGAGACCUGCACCUGGAAAUCCUGAGGCUGCAGAAACGCUGCUCAGAACUGACCCAUGACCUGGAGAUGAGAGAGGCCCAAUCUCACCAGCAAGAGGAGGCGUCCCGGGAGCUGGAGAGCAAGUGCCGAGCGCUGGAGUCGCAGCUGGCUGCUCGGGCCGCCGCCAACGCAGAGCUGCGGCGGGAGGUGGCGCAGCGCGAGGCUCUAGUGUCGGCGCUGCGCUGCAGCCUGCGCGCGGAGGAGCGUCGUUUCCUGGAGGAGCUGCGUCGCCGCAGCCACCGCGCCACUGUGCUGGGCACCGAGCUGCAGAAGCACACUGAAGCGGCCGCCUACCUCUCCUGCCAGCUGCACGCCGCACGCCAGAGACUGCAGGCCCCGCGCCCGGGCCCCGGCGCUGCCGCGGAACCCCGGCCCCGCCGGCGCGCUCAAAGGGCCCGCCGCCUGCCCGAGGCCGCCGCCAAGGGCCCCAGCCGGGACUGGGCCUCCUGGGACCGUGCGGCUGGACCCUUAGACGACGUCGAACCCAUGCCGGACCCCGCGCUUUUCCUCUACGCCCGGAGGCCCCCGCGGCCCAGCGCCCGCGGCCCACGCCAGCCGCUGCCCCAGGAGCCUCGGGACCAAGGUGGCCAGCAACCCGGGCCCUGCCAGAGCCCGCCCGCCGCGUCCAGCGCGCCCGGAGACCCGGAGUAGGCUUGGAGCCGGCAGGGGAAAGGCCGGUGCACCCCGGCUAGGGACGCAACCCAGUCCCGCUGGCAGGUCCCGAGGGCCAAGGGCAGUCACCCGGGCUCCAGGGAGCCGGCGGAGGCGAACCCAGCUCCCUCACCCCCUCGAGCCGCCCCGUCUUUUGUAUUUCCCAGCGUUUCUGAAGCUUCGAGCUCUUCCCUCCCGCGAGGGAGUUCCUCUGUGGGGCUGAGCUAUUGCACCUUUUUUUGUGGAGAAGGACUCGCAGUACCAAUCUAAAUCUGGUCUCCACCCUGCCACUUGGAGGGGAGAGGCAGGGGACACGCCCGGGAAAACUGACAAUCUUUGCGGGGAGGGGAAAGGCUGGGUUGGCCUAGAGGAGGAAAUGGAGAGUGCACUAGACCUUCCAGCUUCCCUGCCCUGCCUCCCUGCCACCCGCUGCCAAACCUUGCUCCUGAGGAAGGGCCCUGGCUAAGAACUGGGUGUACCCCUACCCCAUCGCUAGGUCCUUGCUGGGCACCGCACACUUUAGAAUUUGCUUCCUCCCAGAAACUCUGGUGCGGAAAGUGCUGCCUGAUGGAAGUUGAACUUCCAGAGAGCAGUACGCAUAGACCCUUAAAAGGGUUAUGGAAUGGUGGCAGGAACUGGGCUGGAGCUAUCCCAGCUCAGUUCUCAGGUCUGCCAGGUAGGGAUUGGAGCUGUGCUGGGGAAGCGCCCUGGGACAGGGCAGACUGCCUUUUCCCCUCAGGAGUCUGUCUGGGAGUCUUUCCCUAGUCCUGUAAUUGGUGCUAAUCUUGCCCAGCUUCCUAAGCAGCUGGCUGCACCCAUAAGAGGGAAGGAGGGCCUGGCUAUUGAUAGAAGUUUGGGUUUGCAAGAGAGUAUAACCCCCUCCAGGGAUGCCUCUAAGCCUAUCUGAGGGUGUGGGAUGCUCCUGUAACCCUCUGCCUGGGUUGGAGGUGGUAAAGUGGAAAGCAAGAUGCCCCUCACUCCCACUUACCCCAGCUUCCCAACCCCUACUACCAAAGGCAGGAAGUGCAGUUUCAGUCCAGCUCAUUGCCCCCAGCCCAGCCCAGCCUAGAAACACAAACCCCCAAAGCUCUGGCACCAUCCUUCUUGGGUUGGUCCUACAUUGAGUCCUAAGUGCCUGUGAGUUCUUCCAGGGGCUGCCAAGGGAAGAUGUCUUUCCCUCACUGAGACACUGGUCCCUGGCAGGUUCUGACCCUGGCUGAGGCCACACAUUCUGCAUGUCACCCAAGGGUUUGGGAGGAGAGCAGAAUCAAUCUCUAUAGGUGAGAAACUCUUCUCCCAUAAAGAUCCCCAGGGAGAAGUGGGGAAUCUCCAAUUGUGUCUUUUGCUCUGUUAGAGGAAGGGGGAAUCUGGCAAAAAGCAGAACCAGUGAGCACACUUCUGGCCUGGUCAAACAUGCUGCCCCCUCCCAGCUGACCCUAUCCAGGACUGCUGAAUCCACCAAGCAAUAACCAGGCCCAGUCUAGGCUGUACGGCUCCUGGGAGUCACGUGGCAGAGAUGGCAGUCUGAGAACCUUGCUCUGAUUGCUCCACCUCUGUCCCACUGGCCCCUAUGAUUGUGCCCAUGCAUCUGUCUCCCCUCAGGUGUGCAGGACUCACUGUGCCCUAUUCUGCUGCCCUCCCUAUCAGAACCUGUUGGGGAGGGGGCUCACACCCCUCUCUUGGAGGUGCCUGGAGGACUGUGGGAAGGAGAGGAAAGUUCUCUUCCAGAGGAACCCACAUUGACCUUCAUCUCCCACAACCACAUUUUUGGGGUGAACAGGGUGACUGUUAUGUUGAUUCUUCUGCAGAGAUGGCAAAGUCCUUUAACCACCACCCACCCAUCCACUAAAAGCCAUAGCUGUGCCCACCUGGCCUCCCUCAAAGCUCUACAGCAAUAGCUCUCUUCCUUCUUCCUCCUCAGUACCUGGGGUGUCUGGGUAGUCGCCCACCAUACCUAGCCCCAGGAUCCUCAGUGGCCUGCCCGCUUCUCCCCGAGAGACUCCAUCAGCACUGCCCAAACCCUAUCACUCCUCCAGCAACCAGAUAAUGAUACUUAAUUGUGUAGUGCUUAGAGAUUUCCCAGAUGAAAGAGUCAAAGCACUGGGAUGGCUGGUGUGCAGCUGACAUAUUUGGGGGUGGCUGGGAAAGGAAAUAAGGCAAACUUUAUCUCAGUGAGGCAGGGUGGCAGGAGGCCUGGGCAGACACAGGGGGAAAUCCCCCUUCCCCUACUCUCACCUGAAAAUAAUGGAAUAGAGAUUUCCUUCCACCCACCUGCAGCCUCAGGGCCUGUCUGGGGCCCUGCCCUCAGCUUCCACUUCCUCCCCUUCCUGGGCCUGGUUUGAGGGACCCCCAGGCCCAGCUCUUGGAAUGUUUGGGUGACUGAGAAGGGAAAAGAAUGUGUUUUUGGGUUUUUUGUUUUGUUUUUGUCUCUCUUCUCUGUUGCAUGCACUCCAUUGGUGGAAGGGGAGUGUUGACAUGGAUAUUCAGGGUCCCUAGGUGGGGUCCCACCACAAUCCCAAGUGUGGAAAGUCCCAGGAGGGAGAGCUGCAGGUAGAUGGAGGCACCUCCAUUUUCAGGAAGCCAGCCAGGGCCCAGUGGGCAAUACUGUGUGAGGCUUUGUACCCAUGACUCUAUAACCCUUCCACCGUGACCUGCACUUUGUGGGACCAGUUCAGGACAGCCUAGAGCCCUUCCUAGUGGAGAAGAAGGAGGCCAGAGGGUGUGGAGCAGUACCUCCUCACUUCCAGAGCCUGGGGACCCCUAAGUGCCCUCUCACUGAUAUGUCAGUCUUGAAUGGAGGACAUGCAGAGGGAUCCUGCUCCGAAUUCUCUGUUGGCUGCGCUUUUUAACCCAAUGCUUUUCAGAGUGUAUUCACUCACCCACAGAAAUAGAGCCCUGUGCUUUAGGGGGUGACUGUCAUAUGCCUUAUUCUUAAUAAAAUAUUUGAA